AUGUCUUCGCAUCCACCCGAUCCACCCGCAGCGAAGAAGAAGUCCCACCCGGGGAAGGCGACGUCGAAGGCGUGUCCAGCCAUCAAGGCCGCUCAGGAGGGCCACUUGCAGGCGCUGCAAGGCUUGCCAGCGGAGGAAGUCCUGAACGCCAGUGACCACAAUGGGUGUAGCUGUUUCCACUGGGCGGCGGGCAACGGACAUCUCCAGCUUUGCGACUUCCUCUUGGACUUGCGAGCAGCUCUCGAGGGGACGACUUGGAACCAACGCACUGCCUUGCACUAUGCGGCACGGAAUGGACAAACGGAGGUUUGCCAGUGGCUUGUCACGAAGAGGGCAGAACCAUUUGCUCUCGCCCGCGAUGAGGUCUCACCACUGCAGCUGGCGGUGUGGCAGAAUCACCUGGAGACCAGCCGCUGGUUGGUCGAGCGCGCUGGCGCGGACCCACUGCAGCGGAACCGCUUCGGGUGCUCCGUGGCGCACUGGCUCUCGCAGGCUCCCAGAGAGCGAGACCAUGCAGGAAACUUCGCCGCGGACCUGGCGCAGAUGGCAAAGCACUUCACCUUGGCCACAUGGCUCCGGCAGGAGAUGUCCACCGCCAAGCUGAGCUCCUGCCGGCGCUUGGGGGUGCCCGAGACCGCCUCGCCCGAAGCCAUUCGAGAGGCCUACCUUCAGCUGGUGCGGAGCCACCACCCAGACUCACGGCACUGCCACGACGAGGGCGAAGAGUUCUCUCGACUGCACCAAGCCUACCGACACCUGACGCGAGACCACGGCUGUGGUGCACAAAGCAAUCCUCGCCAUGAGCAGCACUUAAUGCUGCAGUGGACGUAUGGGCAUGAGGGAGAUGUAGAAGCACAGACGGAGAUGCAGAUGUUCAAGUCGCGCUUGCUCACCGUGAUUGGAGAGUUUGGGGAGAAGGGCUUGCCGUUGAGCUCGCUGCGCAAGAAGUACGCUCAGGUUUGGUCUGGCUCAGCCCUUCCAGAGCCCAAAGACUUCGGCCUGCGCAAGGGUUGCGGCCUACUGGAGAUGCUACGACAUGUUGCUGGCGACGUGCUGGUGGUGGAAAUGCAAGCGCGUGGCCAGGAUCCGGUCUUGCAUGUGCCAAGAGCAUCGUAG